AUGGCGUCGUGUCUCCGCGCGCCCAUUGUCCGCCCAAUGCUCCUCCGCUCCCCCUCUCUCUCCGCCUCCACUUCCGCCGUGGCCGGAGGCUUCCUCCAAUCUUUAAGUGCCACGUCACCAUCGGUUUUUGUUCCUCCAGCGUGGCGGAACCGGUUCGCUUCCGCCGGAUCGUCCGCCAAUUCCGCCUCCCCCGCCAUCCGCUGCGAAUCCGCCGAUCCCGCAGUGGAAACGCGAACCGCGGAAAGCGCAGCGGAGCCGGAACCUUCCGCCAAGAAGGGCAAGGCGGGGAAAAAAGGGGGAGGAGGCGGGGGAGGCCAGGGAAAAGGCGGCGGGAAGGGCGCGGCAUCCGCGGAGGCUUCGAAGAUCGCGUCGCGGUCGGAGAAUUUCAGUCGGUGGUAUCUGGACGUGAUUCGCGAGGCUGAGCUGGCGGAUUAUGGGCCGGUGCGCGGCACGAUGGUGAUCCGCCCGUACGGCUACGCCAUCUGGGAGGCGAUCCAGUCGUGGCUCGACCGCAAGUUCAAGGAGACGGGGCACGAGAACAUGUACUUUCCUCAGUUCAUCCCAUAUUCUUUUAUCGAAAAAGAGGCGUCUCAUGUGGAGGGUUUUUCUCCUGAGCUGGCGCUUGUGACUAUAGGCGGAGGGAAGGAGCUUGAAGAGAGACUGGUGGUCCGCCCCACGAGUGAAACGAUUGUGAAUCACAUGUUCGCGCAGUGGAUUCAGAGCUACAGGGACCUCCCCCUGCUGAUCAACCAGUGGGCGAACGUGACGCGGUGGGAGAUGAGCACGCGGCCGUUUGUGCGCACUCUGGAGUUCCUGUGGCAGGAGGGGCACACGGCGCAUUCUAGUAGGGAGGAGGCAGAAGAGGAGGCUCUGCGCAUGGUGGAGGUGUAUCGUCAGUUUGCAUGGGAGCAGGCGGCAGUGCCAGUGAUAGUGGGCCGCAAGUCGCCCAACGAAACGUUUGCCGGUGCCGAGACCACGUAUACGAUUGAAGCUAUGGCGGGGGAUAGGAGAGCGCUGCAGGCCGGGACCAGCCACUUCCUCGGGCAAAACUUUGCCAAGGCGUUUGGCAGCAAGUACCUGGCAGAGACAGGGGAGCAGCAGUACGUGUGGCAGACGAGUUGGGGAGUGAGCACGCGCAUGGUGGGGGCGGUGAUCAUGGGGCAUGGGGAUGACAUGGGGCUCAAACUGCCUCCUAAUCUGGCGCCUGUUCAGGUGAGUGUGUUGCCUCCCCUGUUUAGGGGAGUGAGCACGCGCAUGGUGGGGGCAGUGAUCAUGGGGCAUGGGGAUGACAUGGGGCUCAAACUGCCUCCCAACCUGGCUCCUGUUCAGGUGGUGAUAGUGCCGAUCUGGAAGGCCGAGGGGGAGAAAGAGGUGGUGCUGGAGGCAGCAGGGCGGGCUGAGGGAAUACUGCGAGCGGCGGGGGUGCGAGUGAAACUGGAUAAGUCGGAGCAGCGCACGCCUGGGUUCAAGUUCAACUUCUGGGAGAUGAAGGGCGUUCCUGUGCGCAUUGAGAUUGGCCCGCGCGACGUGGCGGCCAAUACGGUCGUGACAGCGAGGCGCGACCGUCCAGGAAAGCAGGGGAAGAAGUUCGGGGUGUCGAUGGGCGGCGACGGGCGGGAGCUGGUGUCUCAUGUGCAGGCGCUGCUGCAAGAGGUGCAGGAUGGCAUGUUGGCAGAUGCAGUGGCGUUUAGGGAUAGUCAUAUCGUGGAUGUGACAUCCUAUGAGGAAUUGAAAGAAGCCAUUGCCAGCAGCAAGUGGGCACGUGGGCCCUGGGCCGGCAGUAACGAGGAUGAGCAGCGGGUGAAGGAGGAGACUGGAGCGACCCUGCGUUGCUUCCCCUUUGAGCCAAAGCUGUCCGAUGCCACGUGCUUCUUUACAGGGAAUCCUGCCACUGAGCGGGCAAUUUUUUCUCGUGCCUACUGA